UCGGCCGAACACUCGAUUACCACUUGUUGUGCGGUACAGUUUAAAAGAAUAACAGUUUUGCAAAUAAAACAACGCAGAUAAAAAAAAGUAGCUGAUACCGAGAAAAAGAACACAGACAUCUACGAAAAGUUUUAUUCGAUCAAAUAAACUUAAAAAGGUCAUUCAAAAUGUGGAACAUUAACGAGGAUGACUUUAUCCAUAGCCUUGAUGAUUGUGACACAGAGUUCGUAACACCAGAUGAAGUCUACCCGGAAGUGAUGCAACAGCAAACGAUGCCAGUGACUCAAAUUCCAAGUAACUCAACGAAAAAAAAACCCAAAAAUGGUGAGCUCACACGAUUGCUACAAAACACACCAGGUAUUUUGGCACCAAUUGACUGCUUUCCAAAGUCAUACGUUAAACCGACACCAGAGGAACAACCAUCGAUUAUUCUCGAUGAUCGUAUCCCAAUUUUUUUGGGCAGAGAAUAUUUUCGAUUCGAUCGAGAUCCAGAGCCAAAUGAAGUCGACGAUGACAACGGUGAAAACGAUGCCAAUAAUGGCAACGACAACAUUGGCGCAAAUUCGAUUAAUUCGAGUCAUAACUGGAGUUUGGGUGAAACAGAUACCAACCGAAAUUCAAGUGAGAGUGAUACGAAUGUGGGACGUGAAAUGACAGUUGCUGAUUAUAGACGCCAAUUUUGGACACUUUUCAGUGACAGCGAAGAUGUCGAAAGCCCAGUCGCCACCCCAGUCGAAAAAGUGAAAGAGAGCAAAAUGGUUGACAACAGUGUGGUACCAAAGGAGAUCAAGAAACGCUACUACACGCCAAGAGAAAUUUACAUGAUGAAACGCGGUAACAAGCCAGAAAAGGUCGACGAUGAGAAUAACAACUGAGCAACUCCGAUGCUCUGACUCAUCGAUAUUACGGACUGAGGAAUAUUAAAAACAAAAUUAAACGAAGUUGAAGAAAGUCUCAAUUGCUCAAAAGAUAAAAUAAUCUUUAUAAUUUACUCAAAAACAUUCAAACCAGUGCCAAAAAUGACCAAGAAAGAAAUAUGUUUCUGAAAUUUCUGUUUUCGCGGAAAUUAAAAAAAAUUAACCAAAUGAACCGAACUAACCGGUACUAAGUGAUAAAUCAAAGGUCUAGUUAACAUUUUAUUCAGUUCUGAUAUAUUUAUCAAAAUGAAAGCUAUCUAAGUUAGAUAAUUAGAAAUAUACCUCAAAUAUACGAAAAAGAUCAGGAAUACAUACUCUAAAGAAAAAUAUACAAUUAAUAUUUUGCCGAUAUGUUGUUAUUUGAAAGAUUUUUUUCAUAAUCCCCUACGGAUUAAAUUAUUUAAGAUUCAUUCAUUUAUAAAAUCAUGGAGCGGUGCUCAUUCGAAAUGUCAAAAA